CGCUAUGAGUUGCUCGCCGAGGAGGUGGAGGCGGGGCUGGAAGGAAGAUGGCGACGCUGGUGCUGGAUAACGGCGCCUAUAAUGCCAAGAUCGGCUACAGCCACGCGCACGUCACUGUUAUUCCCAACUGCCAGUUUAGAUCAAAAACAGCACGCUUGAAAACUUUUACAGCCAAUCAACUGGAUGAAAUUAAAGAUCCCUCCGGACUCUUUUACAUUCUCCCUUUUCAGAAGGGUUACUUGGUGAACUGGGAUGUUCAGAGACAAGUUUGGGAUUACCUUUUUGGGAAGGAAAUGUAUCAGGUGGACUUUGUAGAUACAAAUAUUAUUAUUACUGAACCUUAUUUUAACUUCAGUUCAAUACAAGACUCUAUGAAUGAAAUUUUAUUUGAAGAAUAUCAGUUUCAAGCAGUUCUUAGAGUAAAUGCCGGGGCUCUCAGUGCACAUAGAUAUUUCCGGGACAAUCCAUCCGAGCUAUGUUGUAUCAUUGUGGACAGUGGCUACUCCUUUACACAUAUUGUACCUUACUGCAGAAGUAAAAAGAAGAAAGAGGCAAUUAUUAGGAUUAAUGUUGGAGGAAAGCUCUUAACCAAUCAUCUAAAGGAGAUAAUCUCUUACAGGCAGCUACACGUUAUGGAUGAAACUCAUGUAAUUAAUCAAGUGAAAGAAGAUGUAUGUUAUGUGUCUCAGGAUUUUUACAAGGAUAUGGAGAUUGCUAAGUUGAAAGGGGAAGAAAAUACAGUAAUGAUAGACUAUGUUUUGCCAGACUUCAGCACAAUCAAAAAAGGGUUUUGUAAGCCAAGGGAAGAAAUGGUGUUAAGUGGAAAAUACAAGACUGGGGAACAAAUACUUCGUCUAGCAAAUGAGAGAUUUGCUGUUCCAGAAAUUCUCUUCCAUCCUUCAGAUAUUGGCAUACAAGAAAUGGGAAUUCCUGAAGCCAUUGUUUAUUCAAUUCAGAAUUUGCCUGAAGAAAUGCAGCCUCACUUCUUCAAGAAUAUUGUACUGACUGGGGGAAAUACCCUUUUCCCAGGCUUCAGGGAUCGAGUCUACUCUGAAGUUCGAUGCCUCACUCCAACUGAUUAUGAUGUUUCUGUUGUUCUGCCAGAAAACCCUAUUACUUAUUCUUGGGAAGGUGGAAAGUUGAUUUCUGAAAAUGAUGAUUUUGAGGAUAUGGUAGUAACUAGAGAAGAUUAUGAAGAAAAUGGACACUGUAUUUGUGAAGAGAAAUUUGAUAUUUAAGAGGCACAUUUGGAGAUAGUGAUACUCCACUAUUUCACUUUGAAUGGAACUUAUUUGAACUACAAACUAUUUUAUGUAAAUUAGAACUGUAUUCUAACUUUCUUUCCUAUAAUUAGGAAUGUACAAUGAAUUAGUGUAAAUAGCUUUAUUUUCACAGAUUUUAAACUAGCACUAAAGACUGUUAUAUAUUGUGCUUUGUCAUUUUAUCUUAUUGUAUUCCAUCCUUACUAAUAUUUUUCAAUAAUUGUGUUAUUUUACUUUAAAAAAGUGAAUUACCUAUUAAUGGCAUGAAAAAAAAAUAUUUGAAGAUUAGUGUAAAACAAUUGUAUAGAAGCACUAGUCUAAACUUUUUCUCUUCCACCAUGAAUGCUGUUGUCUUUUUACUGAAAUAGUAUGCAGAAUAAUUUGCAUCAAAUACUCUUUAACCUGGAGCUCAUUUUAACAUGUCCUGGGAGAAAAAAUCCUAUGAAAGGCUUACUCUGACUUCUUGUAAUUAUCUCAGUGAAUGGUUAAACUCAAAGUGUAAUUAUUCCACUGUGGAAUGUACCCCAACUUUCUGAAUAUUUUCUUUUUUUUUAUAAGUUUAGGAUAAAUCUAUACAACAGAGAUUACCCCUUUGCACAGCUCUCACCUGUAGUUUAAAAAACAAAACACAAUUAAGUCUUCAGAUUAACUACUUUGUUAGCCUUCCAGCACUGACUCUAACUCUGCCCUUUAUUUUGAGUACUGGACUCACCUUUGAAUAUGAAAUGAUUUUAAAAAAAAAGUUAGAAUUAUGUAGAGUACACCACCAUCUGAGGUCUCUAUUUUAAUCCUUGUCCUUCCAUACCCCCCCCCUUAUUCUCCCUUGCUGUUGCACUUAGUUUAGAUAGUAAACUUUGAUAUAGACCCAUCAAGUGCCAUGAAUAUUUGUUAUUGAUG